AUGAACUUUGCUACACUUCAUUCUGCUAUGGGCUCAUCGGAAGAAGCAAAAGCUAUUCUGGCGCCGGCAAUAGGCCAGUUUUAUGAGCUUGCAGCAGCCAAAGAGUACGAAAAGCUUGCUGAUUUCUACGAUCCGGACGCUGUUCUUGUACAUGCUGGAAAGGAUGCGAUCUACGGAAGAGAAGCCCUACUCAAGGAUUUUCAAGAUUUUCUUACACGUGCGGGUAAGCUGACGCCAAAGAGUUCGGAUUCACACUACAGAAUGUGUGACGACUUCAUCAUUAUGACGGCCGACUAUGAGACAGAAUCGGAAAAGAUGGGAUUGCUGAAAGGAAAAAUCACUCAGAUUUGGCGUGUGAAACUCGAAAAAUGGUCACUGGGGGCUCAUCUCUGGUAUGGAAAUGAACGAAAUUAUACCAGACCUGUUUUUGGAGGUUUACGGAAUGCUACUGACAUCAAACAAUUGAAGAAACACCAUUUACAAUGCGUCGCAUCUGUGCACUUAGCGGCUCAUCAUCCUGCCCUUGAACCCCUCAAGGCUAGCUGUCAUUCUCCACUUACUGAACUAUGUGAGCUUGCUGUUUUUCUUUCAGGUCCUCAAAAUACAGAUAUCAGAUUGCUCAACAGCCAAUAUUUCAUCUCACUUCGCUGCUACAAACCAGAAGCAAGCCGCAUAUUUGAUGACACUAUGCGAUAUGUCAUUUUUCAACGCUAUAAGCUUCAUAUCACGAAAAUGGCCGUUUUUGAUCCGAAUUUCGGUUUUCGCAUGCAACUAUGCAACUUUGCCGAUCGAGCAAGGUCAUUUGACGCAGGUCAUCUGUCGAUCAGGUUGGUCGUUCCAGCUGUGCGGUUGUUUGAUAUACAUGGAAGGCCAAGAAAUGUCUUUCCCAUCAUUGGUUGCCAUGAUCUGAGAGAUUUGGGAUUAGGGGACGCUAACGAGAAGAAGUAAAAAGGAACUUGUACGCAUUUUGAAUGGCAGAUGAAUGGAGUCGGUCUUGAACAUCAUCAUCUGUUCGGCUUUGGCAUUUUAGACGCCGCUGAAAUGGUAAUGCUUGCGAUGGUCUGGAAAACAGCACCACCCCGUUAUCAUUGCACCGGUGGUACCAUCGAUACGACUUACAUCUCAGCAUCAGAAAUGAGCAGGGACGCGGCUUCUAUCAAGGAGUGGUCCACGCACGUCGUCACAUUCAAGAGCUUUUGUAUCAGCUUCCAAGAGUGAAAAGAAUAUCAGUUACUAUGAAAGCAAUAAAAACUUC